AUGGACAAGGGAAGAGGGAGAAUGGCCGCUGCUGCCGCCGCCGCCGCUGCCGCCGCCGCUCAGUGCCGGAGCCCUCGGUGCGCGGCGGAGAGGAGAGGAUUCCGGCGGGAACUCGAUUCUUGGCGCCACCGCCUCAUGCACUGUGUAGGUUUUGAAAGUAUUUUAGAAGGGCUUUAUGGACCAAGGCUACGAAGAGACCUCAGUUUAUUUGAAGACUGUGAACCAGAAGAGCUGACUGACUGGUCUAUGGAUGAAAAAUGUUCAUUUUGUAACCUACAGAAAGAAGCAGUCAGUGAUUGUACACCAACUCUUGGUUCUUCACAGUCAACGCCUACAGAGGAACUAUCAUCUCAGGGCCAGUCCAACACUGAUAAGAUUGAAUGCCAAGCAGAAAAUUAUCUAAAUGCACUCUUUCGAAAGAAAGAUCUUCCUCAGAACUGUGAUCCUAACAUUCCCCUAGUUGCUCAGGAAUUAAUGAAAAAGAUGAUACGUCAGUUUGCAAUUGAAUACAUUUCCAAAAGUGGUAAAAUUCAAGAGAAUAGAAAUGGUUCAGUUGGACCAAGUCUAAUAUGUAAAGGUAUCCAAAUGAAUCAAAUAGAAAACUCCCUUCAGGAAGAACAGGAAGGCCCCCUAGACCUCACUGUGAAUCGAACUCAAGAACAAAAUACCCAACAAGGGGAUGGAGUAUUAGAUCUCUCUACAAAGAAAACCAGCACAAGAUCUGAAGAGUCCUCAACAUGUGAUCCAUCUUCUGAAAAUUCUAUGUCUGGUUCAACUCUUGAUGCAAAAUCAGAGGAAGCUACUAAAAUGGAAAAAGGAAAAUCAACAUUAAACAAAGUUUUGGAAUCAUUGUGCACAUAUCACCAGCAACAGAUUUUGACUAUGUUGAAAUUUCUAAUUCAAGAGCAAAAUGCUUCUUCACUUUGCAGUUGCAAUUCAUCACAUGCUCUAUCUUCAGAAUCUCAAAAAUCCCUCAUCGAAGAUGAUUUGCAUGGUCUAUUCUGUAGUUGUGGUGAAUAUAGGCUGACAGAAAGAGGGUGUUUACAAAAUGAAAGACAAAGCCCUGGCUUACCACCCCUUUCAGUGUGUAUUAAAGAUUUUCAUUGCUUAUCUUGCCAAACUGUAGCUAUUGAACACAUUAAGACAGUAGUUAAUAGAGAAAUUGCCAACAAUUACAAUUCCCACAGGUGCUGUUCUAGGCUAUUACAAAACUGUAACAAUCACUCCACAAGAUCAACCUUUUGUACUUCUCUUUCUUUACCUGAAGUAUGUGAUCUAUCAAUCAAUGUUAAAGAUACUAACAGAUCUCGGAGCCCUUCACCACCACCAUUAUCUCCCAUACAGACUGAAGGAUUUGAAAAACUUAAAGAUUCAAUCUCAGGCUUUUCAGCUUUAGAAAACAACAAACUUGAAGCAACUAUCAAUCAGCCUCCAUCUCUCAUACCAGCAGAAGACAACAAUAGCAAUUGUGAACAUGAAGGUAAAAUACGCAAAGCAAACAUAUCUGAUAACUCAGAUGACUCUUUGCUCAUAGCUGAAGAAAGCAGCCACUUUAUAAAUCAUGAAAAAGGUGAAAGUACUACAAUUUUUCAAGAUUUAAUGGAUCGAAUUAAUGAAAAAUUAAAAUCAAUUGAAACUACAGAUAUAACGAACCUUGUAAAAGUAUCUAGUAGUGAUAGUGAUACUGAAAAUGAUAAUCUAAGAUUAGGUGAUUUAAUAACUUCUCUUUUGCAUAAUGCAAAGGCUAGUGAUUAUAGUUUUAUGGAGUUAUUGAGUCAACAUGAUAAAAAAGUAGAAAAUAAAAUUAUACAGACAAGAUUCCGAAAGCGUCAGGAAACCUUGUUUGCAAUGCAUAACUCGCCUGAUUCACCUUUGUUUAGAAGGCAGUCUUUACAAAUAAAGAGAGAAAUUGCUAGCCUUGAUCAAAAUUUUGCAAGGAAAAAGUCAUCCGCUGAAAAAUUUUCAAAGAAAUUGAUACGCAAUGAUGAGAAAGUAUCAAUAGACAAAGAAUCAUACAUUUUAGAAGACUCUGCUUUCCAAAAUCCCCAAAUCAUUCCAAAUUCACAUCAUGAAGAAGCAUCUACAUUUUUGCCAGUAUAUGAAAUACAAUCAUUGCAACUACCUCUUAAUACUUUGGAAACGAACUCUAGUUUUGACACAAUUUCAGAAAGCUUUACAGCUACAACACCAGAGAAAACAAAACCACAGAAAGAAUUUGUAGCCGAAAAGAAAAUACAAAAUCAUCGAGAAAAUCCUAGAUUAGAAAACAAUCAUAUUCCUCUGAAGGAUGAUAUUACUGGACUUUUAAGCAGAACUAGGCGAAAUAUUGUGCCUCCUGGAUGGUAUUCUGUAUAUGUAACAAAUAAUUUUGUAUUUAAAAAAUCUCCCAAGGCCAAGAAGUCUACUGAAAAAGAUAUGGUGAAAGAUCUUCAAGGUGAUAGAGCAAAUAGCAUAGACAUAAAUGAAAUUGCAAGGAAUACAAAUUUACAAGUUGUUGUGGAGCGUUUAGAAGAUACUAUAAACAUAGCUAAAAAUACAUUAGAUAAUCAGCCAUUAUCAGAGGGAUAUAAAAUAACUAAGAAAUUAAAAGAAGAUGUUCAUUGUAAAGAACAAAAUGCUUCUAGAAAUUUGAACCUUUGUGCAAAUGAAACAUGUAAAGAACAGAGUUUCUUAUCACAUUCUAAAGUGCCAUCCAGCAACAGUAAUAAAAGCAGUUGUCUUGUGGCAGUAGAACAUACAGAUGUAAUGAAUCAAAGACUUGAUAGCCUCAAAAAAAACCCCUUAGAUUUGGGUAGUUUGACUUCACAGCCAAGGCCUGAAGUUGUAGAAAAUUCUUUUUCCAGUUACUCUAGUCCUAUUAAACUCAUGUUUCUCUCAGAGGUUAAUAGUAGUGAAGGAGUCAAAUAUACUUUAACUUCUGUCAGUACUUCUAAUGCAAACCUCUGUUCUUUUGAAAAAUGUACAACUAGCUCAUCAGUAGGAAAAGAAGCUGAAAAAAGCAAGAGCAUUCCAAGUGCAUAUUUUGGAGAUUAUAGUUGUAAUACAGAAAGUGACACUUCACAAGGGGAACAAAAACAAUCCAAUUGUGUAAAGGAACCUAUAGAACCCUGUUCAAUAAAUGUAACUGAUAUAAAUAGUUGUAAGCAGCCGGAAGAAUGUAUAGAUAAGUCCAACAGUGCUAGUGAGUCAUCUUUAAAAAGGAAACCAGGUAGGCCUAAAAAAAUAGGUCCUCAAGUUGUAAAACAAGUUAAGCGACCAAUUGGAAGGCCUCCAAAACCUAAAGCUGAUAAGCUGGAGAGCACUAUAAGAAGAAGUGAGCACAUCAACAGUUUUGGGAAGAAAAACACAGACUCUCUAAUGUCAGGCUUAAAUGAAGGUAUUAGUAGAAAAAGUAUCACAGUGACUGUUGUUUAUGGAAGGUCAAGAAGAAUUAAAAGACAGGUGUCAGAAGGUAGCUUAGGGAAUGCUUUACCUUUAAAUAAUAGUAGUGCUGAUUUUUUGCAUGAAUACAAUGGACUGAAACAUAAAGGAGCAGAGAUGGGCUUGGAUGAAAGAAUGAGUACUGUACCAAGUUUAACUACUGGAAAAGAGAUCUUUGCAUCUGGCUAUGAACACAUCAGACCUAUCAAGAACAAAUCUGUAUUACCUCAUCCAUACAGCAAUAUUAUCCGGACAAGCCAGAAGCCUUUGACAGUAAUUAGGAAACCUGGUAGACCUGCAAAAGUUAAAAUCUCUGGCAUAUCUGUGACUAUUAAUAAUAGAGUUUCGCCUCAGGAAAGAAAAGUAUGGAUAAGCAGCUGCUUGCCUCCUUUAGAUCAAGACAGUAUGUUAGAAAAAAGCUUAACAGAAGAGAAGCAUGAAUACCAGUGCAAUAAAAUGGAUAAAGCAAAAAGUACUCAAGUGGAUUUAUUUGAGGAGAGAUCAAAGAAUAUGGCUUCUCCAAUACCUUUGAGACAGUCUGUUAGGGACAGAAAGCCAUCACUUCAUUUUUUACAUUCCCUAGCAUCUUCUAAUUCCUUUGCUUACAGAAACAACUUGCUACGUAAGUCAUAUAAACUACAUUUCCAAAAAACUAAAGAUCAAAAAGAAAAACGCAAAUACUCAAAUCCGAAAACAGCUUCCAAAGAUAAUUCAGGAACUAGAAAUUCAGGUAAUGCAAAAAAGAAUUCUGAUGAUGCUAAAUUCACAACUAUUAAUGAAGUGUCAUUGGAUCCUAUUUUUUCAUCAAGCCCCUCUCUCAGGUGGUGGGCAACUACUACUUCAAAUGCGUCCUUAUUAGAGGAGCUAAAUAAUAGAUUUGAGCAGAUAACUAAUGCUUGGGUGCAAGUCAGUGGAAAUGAAACAGAUAAUUGUCUUCACGAAGCAAGAGGCCACUUAGAAGAAGAUGGUAGUUUUAAAGUGCCGAGCCCUUUGGAAACCUGCCUUUUAGAACUUGAAGUCUCACCUGUAAAAAUGCUUUUUCAGAAAAAGUGUGAUAUGAAUGAGCUUUGUACCUGGUUUAUGCAAACAACAGAAACACAAUCCCUUUCACUAGUUAGAAAAGCAAAUGCUCGAAAUCCUUUGGAAGUAAUUAAUACUAGAGGAAUCAAAGUUGGAAGCAAACAAUCUGAUCAUAAUACUAGCCUUUUCAGAAAGCACUUUAAAAAAUUUGCACUAUCCUCUCCUUCAAAAUCAGCAGGGAAAUUACAGAUACUGCGUAAAAUUGUUAGAUCUCCAGUCUUAAAUGUGAAAAGUAAUUUCACAUUAGCCAGAUUGAGGAGAACUGAAUUUAAGAGACUACAGCAUGAAAGAUGGAGACAAGUAAAAAAACUUCACAAUCAUGGAACCGUUGAUUGGAAAUCUAAAAGAAGAAACUUAAGAUUUUUCUGCCAGAACCAGUUUUUAAGCAAGACUACAGGGGGAACAAAUGCUGACAUCACACUUCAAGGGAAGAGCACAGGAGAAAACCAGCAGUUGGUCUUAGCACCUGAAAUCAGGGAUGCUUUUUUGCAACAGAAGGUAGAAUUGCCUGACUACAACACACAUGCUAGCUUAGAAAGCAUUUUAAAACUACAUGCUAAAGAGAAUGAAACAAAUUACAGCCAUAAAGAUUUUGGGAAAGUGUCAAGACAAGGAAAAGUGUGUUCAGGUUCUUGGAGGUCAAAAACCUUUAAAGACUGUAGGAUAUUUUUGAGGAAAAUCAAUCAUAUUGAACAAAGAAAUCCAUUUCAGCUAAAUACAAUCAUUUAUUCUCCUGAAUCUGUUGAGAGUGGAAGUAAUCAUCAGACUUAUGUUGAAGAAGCAAAGCCCUGUAACUUAAGAUCCCAUUCUGCCAGGCAAAAUUCUCUUAAAAGACAGUCUGAAGCAAUAGAAAAAUCUAAAGCAAAUAAUUCCUCACCUGACACAUUUGCUAGCCAACUUGAUGGCAAUAAAUUAGACAAGCAUAUUAAGUUUGAUAAGAAUGCUCCUGAUAGUUCUGAAGUUCUUAGUAAAUUGAACAAAAGAAAAAGACCCUCAUGGAAGACCACUGAAAUGUCAACAAAAAGACAUAAACGACAAUCUUGUAACAGUGGACAAAUGGCAAACUAUUAUUCAAAAUACCAACUAGUCUUUCCCCAGUGUUCACCACCUUGAGGAAUUCACUCUCUGGGUUGUGGACUUCCACACCGUGCUACAAAUGAAAACUGAUGAGAAUCAGGGUUUGUCUGACAUGAACACAGCAAGUAGUCCUUUGAAGCCCAUUAAGAUGUGCC